AUGGGCUAUCUGAUGAGUUAUACUGAACAUGCUAUAAACCAGCUGGAAGAAUCAGUCCUCAGAGGGUGUGCGUUUCUCUCACAGGGUAUUCGUAAACAGAGCCGGUGUGUUAUAUUCAUCGGUGCACUCUCUUAUUUCCUGCCCUUGAGUUUUUCUACAGAGUAUACAAAUGGGCGAAGAUGGCAUGUAAAGGCUGAAUGGGUGGAGAUGCUCUGUUGUACUAAUGAUGUCUCCUCCCUCCAGUCUCUUCUUGGAGAAGCUGCCUAUGUUCCCUUCACAAAGUAUGCUUCUCUCAUCCCUGCCGAGCAGGCAGAGAAACAGGUAACUCAGACCUUUGGCCUACUCGAUUACUUGAUUGGAAUAGAACCAUCCAAUCCAUCCUCCACUUCUCCGCCCUGUUCUGUGCCUGAGAUGCUGACCGCCGCAGACAGCACCACCCGUGCAGCCUUGCUGGCUGGAUUCCAGUUGGCUUUGGCUAGUGAGCGUCAACGCGCAAAACGGGGUCAGGGUAGAGUGAAAUUAAUUUCUCAUGACCACUCUGGAGCUGAAGUUCAACUUCUGUCCACGUUGCACCUUUCAGAAUGGCUACUGAGGGCGGCGACUGCGGUGGAGGCUGCGGCCUCGGGCUCUGGAGAACCCCGGGAAGAGGCUGAGGCCCCCGGCCCCGCCUGGGAUGAGUCCCAACUACUCAGUUAUACCUUCCCGACCUGGCCCAUCCUGCAUCUCAGUCAGAGCAACCCCGGGGCCGAGGAGCUUAUUGAGAAUGAGGAGCCUGUGGUGAUGACAGACACAAAUCUUGUGUAUCCUGCCCUAAAAUGGGGCCUUGAAUAACUGCAAGAAAAUAUUGACAACAGAGACUUCUCUGUGUACAGUGCCAGCACCCACAAGUUCUUGCACUAUGAUGAGAAGAAGAUGGCUAAUUUCCAGAACUUUAAGCUGAGGUCCAAUAGGGAAGAAAUGAAAUUUCAUGAGUUUGUUGAGAAACUGCAGAAUAUACAGCAGUGAGGAGGUGAAGAGAGGUCGUAUCUGCAGCAAACACUCAACGACACUGUGAGCAGGAAGACUGUCAUGGACUUCUUGGGUUUUCACUGGAACUGGAUUAAUAAGCAACAGGGAAAGCGUGGCUGGGGGCAGCUGACCUCUAACCUGCUGCUUAGUGGCGUGGAAGGAAAUGUGACACCUGCUCACGAUGAUGAGCAACAGAACUUCUUUGCUCAGAUAAAAGACUACAAGCGAUGCAUUUUGUUCCCUCUGGAUCAGUUUGAGUGCCUCUACCCAUAUCCUGUUCAUCAUCCGUGUGACAGACAGAGCCAGGUGGACUUUGACAAUCCUGACUACAAGAGGUUCCCCAAUUUCCAGAACGUGGUUGGUUACGGAACAGUGGUUGGCCCUGGUGAUGUUCUUUACAUCUCAAUGUACUGGUGGCAUCACACAGAGUCAUUACUAAAUGGGGGCAUUACCAUCACUGUGUACUUCUGGUAUAAGGGGGCCCCCAUCCCUAAGAGAACUGAAUAUCCUCUCAAAGCCCAUCAGAAAGUGGCCAUAAUGAGAAACAUUGAGAAGAUGCUUGGAGAGGCCUUGGGGAACCCACAAGAGACUGUUCCCGGGACUGCCCUGGUGGCGCAGUGCGCAUCGGGCAGCAGCCUGGGGAAGCUGCCUCCUCCACUCAGUCUCCUCCAUCAGGAACUAUUUUCUUCUUUGAACACUGUCAGGACGCCCGCGGCAGGAGCUGGGGGCCUGGUCCAGGGAGAAGCCAGGAACUCGGAGUUUUCUCCUGAUUAUGCCGCAGAGCGCCAAGGGGAGGACUCGGUGAGUGAGUGCCAUGAAUUUUCCUACCAGCUUAGAUACAGCUAG